AUGAAUGAAGACACUGAAAAAACAGAACGAUCUUUGGCUGACGUCAAAUCUGACCUAAUAAACUUAACACCCUCAGCUGAAACUAUCAAUCCAUGUUUUUUGAGCCUCCACCGUGAGAUAUUCACCUCGCUAGCGCAACCCUCUAAUGAUCCUACGAAAGCAAAUAUCCAGGCAGCAGAUGCCCUUCUGAUCUGGUACUUACGAGCGAUCCAAUCGAUAAAAGCGGGAAAUGAGUGGUCGAAAUGUAAUUUUGAAGGGAUUGCGCACUCUAAAGUGUUUGAGUGGGCCACAAGCUCUCUUGAAUUCUCUCAUGGUGCUCAGGCCAACGCUGGAUUGGGUCUUCUUAAACGGUUGGUGCAAUUCAUUUGCUUGCACGAGUGUGGCAUUCAAUUGUGCUCUCAAUGGGCAUUGCAACUUUACACUGGUUGCCAUAAUAAGAAAGAGAGAUUUCAAAUGCUUGAGACGGUGGUAAAAGAGUGUCCAGAAGUCGCCGAAUGCAUAAGUAAAAAUGAUCCACAAUUCGUGAAAAAUAUCCUUCUCUCCUUGAAAACUGGUGCAGUUGCCAAUGCAUCUUCUAAGUGUCUUGUGGCACUAUUGCAAACCUUACAUCUGAAGUUUCAGACAGAAGAAGAUUUUGUUGCAUUUUGGGCUACAGAAGUCACACAUGCAAUGGCUUCCUCUGAUAUUCAAAGAAAGAAUAUUCAUCAAUACUUCUUGCCCAUUGCUUUUCGCAUAACUCCAAACUGUUUGAAGAUUUUUGUGACUAGCUACCUCAAAGAUCAUGAUGAAGAUAGGCUCACGGUGCUUCUCAUGAAUCAGAAAAUGUUCAAGUCGAAGGACCCCAUUGAAACCGGCAUUAUCUCUGAGCUUGAAGUUAUGGAUGCAUUGCUAGCAGAUAAAGAGAGAGUGAGACUACUGGCGUUGGAUCUCGUUGUGUCGUGUAUAAGAACUAGCACAGUUCCGGGAGAGCACAUACUCAAACUUUUGAAAAACAAAGAUGCACUUGAUGGGUUUGUGGAAGACUCAAGAUCUCCUGAGACCAGAGAUGCGUUUUGCUCUACGUUGAGAAAAGCAGUAAUUUCUCUCAAAAAUUGCUAUGUUCAUAACAUCACUAAAUCACCAGAGUCGAUAAAGCUGACUUUGACGUUCUUACAAGACUAUUUUUUCCAGUGGGUUAAUCCAUCAUCGAGCUACCUGCCCCUAUUUAUUGCGUUGAGUUUCUUUGAGCUUCUCGUUGAGGAGGAGUUUGAUGGGAUUAGUCGCCAGAAGCAAAAGAACAAAAGGGUCAUGACUAUUUUGGAAAUCUACAAUGAGCCUUUCAUUUCUGUACUUCUAAGAUUUUUAACCAACAACUACGAAGAUAUACGCAUGAAAUCCCGCAAGCUUCUCCAAAGAGCUCCUGAAUUUGCAUUUCUUGAAGUCCAGUCUGACUUGAUUUCACAAUACUACAACAAUGCAUUCGAGUCUCUUAAGUCUGUGAAAGGGAGAAAGAGCGAUGAAAACGUCAACUUGCUUCUUUUCCUUAUGUCAAAAGAAUCGAGUGAUUUCAGCCAAAUAAACAAGUAUUUGUCGCAUCCACAACUCAAUCUCAAUAACCUUGCCAAUUCAUCACCUCACGGAGUUUACGCAUUUCACUCGAAAUUCAUCAACGAGUUUAGUAUCUUGAUUAGUUCUCAAAAGCUGUACUUUGGCGACUUGUUUCGGCAACUAAUGGGUUCCUGUGAGCAGCUGUGGUCCAAGUAUAAAGCGAACACGACGUUCAACACACUCGAAGAUAGUGAAGGCAUGGAAGCUACAUCUUGGAGACCAAUCCGCGAGUCGGCUAUAUUAUUGGCUAGCAUUAUAGAAGCAGACAGGAAAAAUAAUUACGAGCUUCUUGAUGAUGAAAGUUUGUUGCAAGCGUGUGACCUUAUCAUAGAUCAGCUAAGUAACAUCACACACAGGGGUGUUUUCAUGGCCGUUUAUGAUGCAUAUGUCAAAGCAUGCUGUGCAUGUCUAGAAAGGCCAAUCAUGAUGCAUUACCCAUUAGACUGGCUCGAAAAGAGUCUUGAUAUUAUCAAAUCCAAAACCCAGUUUGUCUCUAGAAGAUCAGGAGGCUUGCCAUUUCUUAUUACCGGGGUCUUAAAUGGCCUAUACAAAAAAAAAUUGUAUCAGGAUAAGCUCAGAGAAGUGUUCACGAAGCUUGCCGCAUUUACUCAGAUCCCUCUCAGGGAAGAAGAUCGGUCCACAUCUGGAUUCCCUCAGGUUCAUUCAUUCAAUUGUAUCAAGCAGAUGUUUCUUGACUCCCUGUUAUUCCCUCAAUCCAAGCCAUAUAUAUAUGAGGCGUUUUGCUUAGCCCUUGAUAGCAUUGACUCGCCAGAAUGGUCAAUCAAGAAUGCCGCGUUGAUGCUCUUUUCUUCGCUCGUGAACAGGCUCUUUGGUACUAAUAUGGUGGGUAACCUGCUUACAGGAAUGAAAACUACUGUCUUUUUUGCUAUGUACAGAGGUAUAGAAGAAAGGUGUCUUGAUCGUUUGAGUACCUCAAAAAGCAAAUCCAUCGAGAGCUUGAUAUGCAUUUUGACUAUUUUGGAACGUCUUGAUUGGAACGGCAACAAUAACAGUGCCGCAGUUAAAUUCAAAACACUUCUUGAUGAGCACUGCUUGGGACACAAACAGUGGAAAAUAAGGCAGCUAGCUGCUAGGGUGCUAGCGAAAAUGACGGCUCCCUCAAAAGCUGAGGAGUUUGCUGCCGCAUGUCUAAUGAGCGUGAGAGCAUGCAACUCAUACAAUCUGGUGCACGGGAAACUCCUGCUUGUUCUCAACCUACAGAAAAGAGGAGUGAAGAUUCCAUCACAUUCCCUUGUUUAUGCAAUGAAAUCUCCCGCUCUUGCGUGUCACCAAAUUGUCAAUGCACUUCUUGACAUCAUUGACACUCACGAGUAUCUACAAGGAGAGAUUAUACUGAGUCUCGAGAUCUUAUAUCAUGAUUACUUGAGACGCAAGAAGCGAUAUCCUGACAAUACUCGAGAUGAGUGUUUAAUUAGAGUAACAAAACUCAUCUUCAAAGGAAAUGACGAAAGCCUCAAGAGUUUGUUUGAAUGUUUGAUAGCCGCGGAUUUCUACAAGUCACUUGAGGCGGCCUUAGAUAUUUGCAAGCAGAUGGAUAAUCUUCCAGUGGAUGUCAUCAAAACCUUGAAAGAGAAUGCUAGUGAUCCAAAGACGUGGAACCCAUUACGAGUCGAAAUUAUGAAACUCUUGAUUAGUAAAGGGAUCUACAUCAAGACGCCGUUACCGGAUUCUGAGUGGUCGAAGGAGCUCCAGGUGCUUUCGUUUGUGGCACAAGACAAGCUUGACAUCCAAAAGCUCAAGCCAUUGCUUCAUGUGAGUCAGCCGGAGGAAACUCGCCUUCUUUGUGUUGAUGCAAUGUCCCGUGCUCUCGAAAAGGCCUCCAACGAUGAUCCUUACUGCGAUGAUAUCUUUGUGUUAUUGCUUUUGACCAGCAGGAGUGAAUCAAGAGAGGUCCGUCGGAAAGCAGCAGACGCCCUAGCCAAGCAUUGUGGCUUACCAUCUACCUGGAGCACACCAUACACCUUUAGGAUGGCUCUCAAAUUAAAGAGUCCCUUCCAGUUGAGAGACAGCAGCGUGCUUUACGACUACCUCGCUCUGUUCAGGCAAAAUUUCCGAGAUUUCGAGAAAAAGGAUCUGCUAGAUCUCGACAGAGACGAUCUUUACAUGAACGAGAUGCGUGUUUACGUAGAGCUUGCGAAUGCCGUCAAUGGAAGCAUCGACAUAGACAUAGAUAAGGUGCUCUCGCUAAUUGAUAAUAAAGGCAUCCUCAGAUCUUGGGAAUACGACUACCUGUUCCACACAGGGUUAAGCAAAGUGAUGACCACGGCUAGCGAAGAAGAUAGAAUCAGAAUCAGGCAGGGUUUAGCCAAGAUCGGAUACAUCGAGACGCCAGUAUCUUCAUAA